AUGUCGUCGCACGAAAGACAUCUUUCAUCAAGCUCAGUCUCCAGCACAACUCCGCUGAAAAAGAACUCCAGUAACAUAUCUACGUACCAAGAAGACGAGAGGUCUCAGCCAAAGUUAAAGUUAUUCGAAAGUCCUCUGGCUCAUGACAGACGAAAAUACUCGGUAACCCCCACACCCCCGAGUGCCAUAUACAACAUAUCUGGUCCUAUUAAUAUUGCUCGAAAACAAUCAUACGACGAAUUAGCCGAAAAUCAGUAUGAUGAUAGAAAGAUUGACCCUUUUCCAAAGGAUGAUGCGGAAGAAGAAAUGUUCGAAACUCCCGAAUUUCGAAGAUAUGAGGAGACAACCAAUAUGGAACUCUUUUAUGACCUUUUCUUUGUUGCGAAUUUGACAACCUUCAACGAUGUUCACGAUGUCAACGAGAUUGAUGCACUUAAGUCAUAUGCAGGGUUCUUUUGCAUUCUUUGGUUCUUAUGGUUACAAGUUAGCCUUUUUGACGUUCGAUUUGUUACGGAUAGUGUAUUGGAGAGGAUUGGAAAGGCGUGUCAAUUUGGUGUUAUGAUUGGGUUGGCAAUUGUCGGACCAGAUUUCAAUUCAUCAGACCAAAAGCCCGGAGCUUUCCGGUCAUUGGCAAUCAUUUUAAUGUUUUCACGACUUGUUUUAAGCUUUCAGUAUUCAGUUAUACUGUACCAUGUUUGGUAUUAUAAGAAUUCCAAAACUCCACUCUUUCUUAUCGUUGUGGCAAAUGGCAUUGCUGCAAUGAUAUAUUUCGUUACUUUCUUUGGGUUCACGAAAGAAACAUCUAAGACUGGAAAGGUAUUUAUUGUUUGGUAUAUCGCGGCUAUCAUGGAGACCGCCGUAAACAUUGCUAUAUCAUCGAAGUGGAAGGUCUUGAGCUUUAGAGGAUCCCAUCUCGUCCAAAGAAUGACUUUACUGACUUUGAUUAUUUUGGGGGAGGGUAUCAUUGGAGUUAGCAAAAGCAUUGCGGAUGAGGAGUCAUGGACCGCAUCACUAAUUCUCACCAUUGUAUCAGCUGUUGGAAUAAUUUACUUCCUCUACAUGCUAUACUUUGAUUGGCUCAAUCGAUCCCAAUUCGGCUCCAUGCGCCAACAAAUAUGGGCAUUUUUACAUUUUCCAUUCCAUCUCGCACUAGUUUUUCUCGUGGAAGGUGCUGCGCAAUUUAUUCGAUGGCGAAAAGUUGUCGAAGUAAUUAACAAAGAAUAUGUGGAUAACUUCAAGAAAAAUCCCGCCAUCAAUAGUCUCGACCUUAAAACACGCCUAGCAAACAUCACCGAAACAAUCUUUGAGAAAUUUUCACCAGAAUUCACACAAACGUUUACGGAUACUGAAAAGGCUUUGUUCAAUAUCGGCAACACAACAUUUAAAUCAAUAGAACAAUUGGGAAAUAUUACGACUUUAUUUUCUACCGUUCAAGAUUCCUUAUUUGAUAAUUUUGGGAUUGAUCCACCGGAAAGUGAUAAUGCAGUCACGGAUCCCAACGAAGAAUGGAAUGAGAAUUUAGGGGUUCUUACUCUUGUGUUUACAUAUUUCUUCCUCGCCUCUGGUCUAACCCUCAUCCUAAUGAAUAUUCUCAACGUCCUCAGCCGACCCAAAAUGACCCGCGCAGAUAAAAUCCGCAUAGCGGUUAAUUUCGUACUUUCUAUCACAUUAGCCGGUCUAGCAGGUAUCUCAAAUACAAACUCCGGAUUCGCUUUUGCGCAAAGUGCUUAUGUUGUUGGGUUGUACGAAGUUGUUGUGGUAGUUGUUAAAUUAGGGAGUUAG